AUGGGAGUGUUGAUGUCCAAACGGCAGACAGUGGAGCAGGUUCAGAAGGUGAGCCUGGCUGUGUCAGCUUUCAAGGAUGGGCUACGGGAUAGGCCUUCUCUCCGGCGUACAGGUGAAUCAGCUGGUUCUCGGAGGGGCACCGUAGAGCACUCUGUCCAGGAAGUACAGGAGGAAGAUGAGCCAGAGACAGUGGCCGCUGUCUCACAGGAAGAGAACACUGUCAACAAAGCAGCCUGGGAACGGCUAAGGGAUGGCCGUGGGGUAGAACCUGAGGAGUUUGACCGUGCCAAUCGCUUCACACCACCUGCCUUUAUCCGACCUAUUCGGGAACUAAAUGAUGACAAGCCACUUGAUAUCUGCUUGGAACCUAGAGAAUCUGUUAUCAAUGAUGAGAUAUGUGAGAUUUGUGAGGUUUGGACUGCUGAGAGUCUCUUCCCAUGUAGGAUCUGCACUAGGGUUUUUCAUGAUGGCUGCCUGCGCCGCAUGGGCUAUCUGCAAGGAGACAGCACAGUGGAAGUGACCGAGAUGGCUCACACUGAAACAGGCUGGAGCUGUUACUAUUGUAACAACCUCAACCUGCUUCUUACAGAAGAAGAGAUGUACAGCCUCAUGGAGAACUUCCAACAGUGCAAAAUUAUUCCUGAUUGUUCCUUGACACUGGAGGACUUCCUGCGCUACCACCAUCAGGCAGCAAGGCGAGGAGGAAGUGAAAGGGCACUGAGUGAAGAGCAGGAAGAGAGGGCAGUUCAACAAUUUGCUGCCCUUGACCCUGAGCGCAGGGGCCAUGUUGAGUGGCCUGACUUCUUGUCGCAUGAGUCCCUCCAACUACUACAGAAACUCCGUCCACAGAACUCUCUAUUAAGGUUACUGACAGUUAAGGAGCGAGAACAGGCUCGAACAGCCUUCCUAGCCCGAGGCGUUGGGGGUUAUAUCAGUGAGACUGAAUGCCAUCGUGCCCAACACACCUGGUUCCGAAAACGACCCUUGGAGGCAUCAUCUUGCAACGUUAGUAUCAGCCAUGUGGGACCCAUGUCAGAAAACAGCCCGGCCAGCCACAGCAGUGCCAAGAGCCCAGAGAAACCUUUGCAGACAGCUGAACAGGAGGAACCCAGGUCUGUGGAUUGGCCCACCUUCCUGAAGGAGAAUGUCAUCUACAUCCUUGCUGCUCGCCCCAACAGUGCUGCCAUUCACCUGAAACCCCUGGGGUAGAGUCUCUAGAAGUAGGAGUAGCCCCUGCCCAGCCAUGGCUGGGGCAACGUGGGGUCACCUCCUUCCCCAGCCCCUGACACUGAAAAAGACUGGGAGAAGGGAGACCUCCAGCAUCCUUGUUCCUAAGCUUUGCCACAGGGGAUCUAGAUGACGUCUCCUUUCAUAGGAAGGGUAGCAAGUACUUUGCCUAAGGGAGAGGUUCUGGGAGAAGAGGCAAUAUUCGCUAUACCCCUUAACAGCUCUGUCUCUAGCAAAAAAAAAAAAAAAAGAUUCUCUCCCCCACUGUUCUUUCCUCAUCUCAACCAGUGUCACUAAUGGGAUAACUCAAGAUCCUUUAUCCCUCUAAACUUGUAGAAGUUUGAUUUCUAAUUGGUUGAGAAGGGACCAAACUUCAUUGAUAUCCUAGGUCAUUAUAGCUGAAAGAGACCUUGGUGGUCACUUAGUCCAACUCUGUCAUUUUAAAGAGGUCCAGAGAAGUUUUGAC